AUGGGUCUUGUUGGAACCAUCCCACCGGAAAUCGGAGAUCUUUCUUCUCUCGUUUCUUUAGACAUGAACGACAACUCUUUUCAUGGCCCUCUUCCCCCAUCUAUCUUUAACAUGUCAAAUUUAGAAGUCUUGAGUUUGAGGAACAAUAGUUUGUCUAGUGUUCUACCUCUUGAUAUGUGCAGACACAAUCUUGAUCGACUCAAGAUUCUUCGAAUUUCUUACAACGAGAUGUACGGGAAUAUACCAUCAAGUUUGGAGAAGUGUUCGCAGCUCGAGUUUCUUUCUUUGUACAACAACAAAUUUGAUGGAAUAGUGCCAAGGGAACUUGGGAACUUGACCAAGCUUCAAACGUUGUACAUUGAUGCAAAUAAGUUGACAGGUGAUAUUCCAGAGGAGAUUGGUCGUCUAACAAAUUUAAAAAGUUUGGGCAUGAGUUCCAACAAAUUAAAAGGCUCAUUGCCUGCAACUCUUUUCGGCAUGCCAUCCUUGCAAUAUGUUGACUUUGCUUCCAAUGAACUAAGUGGAUCAUUAUCACCACAAAUUGGAAACAUGACAUCCCUUCUCAGAAUAGGCCUUGAAUAUAAUAAUCUAACUGGUGAAAUUCCAAAAGAGAUCGGUCUUCUUACCAAUUUCGAGCGAUUGAGCAUGUGUUGCAACAAUAUUAGUGGUUCAGUGCCAAGAGAACUUGGGAACAUGACAGCCAUGGUUGGUAUAUACCUUUCCAGUAAUGCUUUAAGUGGUCCUAUACCAAAAGAGCUAGGUCGCCUUGUUAAUUUAUGGGAGCUGCAGUUGACAAACUCAUAG